AUGACUACGUCUUACAAGAUUCUAGAUGUCUUGUGCAGCUACCGCAUGGGUCUAGGGGGACAAUGUGGCACGCGAGCAGACGAAGGGUAUCUCAGAUUUCUGGCCCUUGUCUAUGGCCAUGUAAAGGCUAACAGGCCUGUGCCUCUUUGUCUCCCGGCCUUUCCCUUCAAGUCGCCUAACACACAGUCAAAGGUCCUCGGCCGACUGCCAGAUAAAGGGGAAGAAUAUGCAUUGGCUCAUUUGAACGGACUUUGCCUGGCUGUCAAGGACGUAUAUGAGCCAGGCGCUAAGUUGGUUAUCAUCUCAGACGGAUUGGUAUAUAACGCACCAGAUCUUCUUGGCGUUCCGGACAGGGAUGUAUGGGCAUACGGCGAGUCGCUGAGAGACAUGUGUCUGGAGAACGGGUUCGAUCAGAUCAGCUUUGCUCGUCUGAACCAACUCAUCCAUAUCGGACACGAUAUCAAACUCAGUGAGAUUACAUAUGUGGCAAAUGCUACACGGUUUCGAUCAGCGCUCGUCAACACAUAUUCCAAGGAUGAUUGGGAUCCAAGCAAGGAGAUCUCUCAAAGCGAAGACACCUGUCUAACGUACCGUGGCUACAUCAAAUUCCUUCAAACUGACUUGCAACACGUCUAUCCAGUGGGGGAGACGAGAAGCAACAAAAGCUUCAAGACUUCCAUUGAAUACAUUGCCAAGCAGAUGUUAAAGCGUGGGCAGGCUUUUGCUCACGCUGUUCGCGAAAACUUUCCCGACCAUAUACGUCUGUCGAUUCAUCCAUCGACGGGAGAGAACAAAAUAUCCAUCAGCACACUCCCAACGACAUCGUCCACUUUCACCACUCCUUGGCAUUGUGCCGUGGCAUUCGACAUCGAUGGUACCCUUCGCUCGGGCCACCGUGCACAUUUCGACGCCAGUGAAGAGUACGAUCUGAUUUACGAGAACGGCAGACCAAGCUAUUACCGCCACAAGUCACUUAGCGACUUGGUCACUUGGGAGAAAGCCUCUGUCACUGCGUCUCCUAUAUAUCCCUGCGGAAUGAUGCUGAUACCUGAUGGCACCCGCAAAUUGUACAUCGAGGAUAUCGACGCAUCCAAGGUCAGGGCUCUUGCUGAGCAUAACUCACCGGUCGUCCUCCGCGGCUUCAAGAAGACCACAGACCGCAUAAGAUAUGAGGCGAAGGCCCACGAGCUCGGCACUCCAACUCCUUGGCUCUUUGGUCUUGUUUUAGAGGUUAAGGAUGGGGGUGCAGACACAAGGGGCCUGAACAAUGUGCUUAGUGCAGAAUGGAUGCCUUUCCACUUCGAUGGCAUGUUCAAGACCGCUCCUACGGGCCGUCUGCUUGAGGAUGGCAGCGAGGAAGUCAGGCCUAAUCCGCCGCGAUUCCAGAUGUUCACAAGUGUCACACCAAGUCCUAAGGACACCGGAUUCACCCUCUUCUCGGCGAGCGCCCGACUGUUCAGAUAUCUGCCCGAGGAAUUGCCGCUCGACUAUCUGAGGAAGCUGUCAUGGAGCGUAACGACGACCAGUUUCGGUGCGCCAAAACUGCAGAAUCUGCCUCUAAUCCUCGAUCAUCCUACUACCGGAAAGCCUAUAUUGUCUUACCAUGAACCUUGGCCGCAAAAUAAGACCAAGUUCCAGGCCACAUUGGUGGACAUACAAGGCGAUGGCGUGGAUGCGGAAAAGAGCGCUGUCAUCUGUGCUGCAAUUGAUUCUUUACUACAUGAUCGGCGAGUAGUCUAUUGGCACUCAUGGGAGAAGGGCGACUUUUUGGUCAGUGACAACCUGGCGAUGUUACAUACUAGGAGCGAUUUCACCGCCGGAUGCGAUCGCGAGCUGUGGCGAAUCCACUUUGACUAA